UACUUCAAUUUAAUUCAAAAACAAAGAGCAGAAGUGAAGAAGUGAAGAAGCUGAAACAAAAAUAUUAACACACAGAAAACGUACGCAAUUUAUGUAACUCAUCACGUGGCAUAUGAAUGUGUUACGCAGCUUUAAAGAUUUUCACGUGAUUUCUUUUGCAACGAGAAUAUUUAAAUUUAUUUAUUACAAUACGAGUUAUUAGUGAAUGAAUCUGAAUGCUAAAAGAAUCGGAGGAUAUCAUCAAAAGACGUAAACUGUCUCUGAUGCAUUCAACAGAACAGACUACUGCCACGGCCACACCACCGAUAACACCGCCAACACCGCCACCACUCAACAUGAUGACAACAGUUACUGCAUCAGCAGCAGUUGCAAAUGUAUUAACUACCACCACACAGUCCACUUUCACGCCCAACUCAAUGCCUGCCGCAAUGCUUGCAAGUAUGCCCAACACACCAAAUACAGCGACAGCUCCAAUACAGGAUCACUACAGUCUGCGUUGGAAUAAUCAUCAAAAUCACAUUUUACGUGCAUUUGAUGCACUUCUGCAAACAAAAACGCUUGUUGAUGUAACACUCGUCUGUGCCGAGACCAGUAUACGAGCCCACAAAAUGGUGCUCUCGGCGUGUUCACCUUUCUUUCAGCGUGUAUUUGCCGAAACACCGUGCAAACAUCCCGUCAUUGUACUUAAAGAUUUUCGUGGUUGGGUUGUGCAGGCUAUUGUUGACUUCAUGUAUCGCGGUGAGAUAAGUGUACCACAAGAACGUUUACAAAUGCUCAUACAAGCUGGUGAAUCCCUACAAGUGCGCGGUCUCGUAGAGAGUUCAGUACCCGAACAUACGCCCACACCUGCUGCAUCUCCAGAUGACUUCGGCAUGCUAGAUACUUCGCUGAUGUCCUCAGAAUUGGAACGUUGUUCAAGUUUUGAUGAUGAAUCACCAUCUAUGGUGACGGCUGGUUCAAAAAUUAUUUUACCCUCUCGUCUCUUUAGUUCAUCAGCACGAAGAGAACGUGAACGCAAGCGUGAACGCGAACGUGAAAGAGAGCGAGAGCAAUUAGAGCGUGAAAUUGAAAGUGAUCAAGAACUACAACAUGAAUCAGGCAUACAUUCAGAUCUGUGCACGUCACCUAUGCCACGUAGGAAACAAGCACGUCCAAGACGCCGUUCUGGUGAUCUACCCCUUGAUUUACCUGGCAAACCCGGCACACCAAUACCUGGAGAUGAAAAUAAUGAACUUAUGUCGUUGGAAAAAAUGAAUGUGCAUGCCAAGAGCUUAGAAAAUCUCAAAACUGUGAUCAAAAGUGAGUUAGCUGAAGCAAUAGAUGAUGAUAAUGAUAUCGAAAGAGAAGACGACAGUGGCAAUGGAAAUGACAGCAACGAAAAUGUUGGAUCUCAUGAAAAAACAAAAUAUAUGAAUGAAAAACAAUGUAAAGAAAUGAAUUCAGUUGAUGACACAAACCACGAGAUAAAUCGAUCAAUUGAUAUUGAUGAAAUUGCUGAUGAUGAUGAUGACGACGAACAUGUGAACCAUAUACGUCAUAACGAUGAAAAUGAACAACAAGCUGAACAUGAAGAUAUUGAAGAACUUAUUAAAAAAUCCAAUGAGCUACGUCGAAAACCGCAAACUGAUCUUUCAGAUUUACCUGAAGAUCUCUGUACAACGAAAAAGGAUAAUGAUUGUAGUGGCAAUCAUUCCGAAAAUGAGACCGAAUGCACUGCUGUAAAUAAUAACAACAAUAGUAAAUUGAAUAACAACAAUCGCAUUGUGCUCUCCUUGAAAGAUAUACGACAUUUGAACAAACCCAGCUCAUCAUCAACCCCCAACUCCAAUAAUAGUCUGAACCCUUUCGCAGCAACAAGCUUAAGGGACUUGCGACUUGAUCGCAAUGCAAAUGCUGCUGAGAAUCAAUGUAAGCUUGAUGCAUUAGAGGCACAGAUGCAUGCAGCGGCAGCUGCUGCGGCUGCGGCUGCAGCUGUAAAUAACGAUAAUCCGUUUCAACAUAUGGAGCAUCAAAUGGAUCUAUCCUUAGCUGCAGCGGCGGCGGCAGCAGCAGUUUCACAUCAACACUCAAGAGAACGUGAUCACGCCAUGCAACGCGAACAACGUGAAAUGCAACAGCAACAUAAUGCUUACGCCAACAGUUUACUGGGACAAAUGGGUAUGCCUGGUCUGCCACCAUUUGGAUCGAGUGGUGGUCCUGCACCGCACGAAAGACUGGAAGAAAGUAUGAAUCGGCUAAGUAAGGAAUUUACACCGAGUUCGCCAAUGAGCCUACCAACACACUUCAAUCCACCUGAUGGACCACCGCAUCCUCCGUCACCGUUACCCUUUCCUGGUAUGUCAUCGGCGUUAGCGCUAACACCACCGCAUAUGUUUGGCUUAGACUCACCAUUGGGACUAUUUCCUCCUGGUAUUGAUCCUGGCAAACUAUACAAUCCAUUAAUGGAAAUGUCUGAUCCGCGUGGCAUUGGGCCAGAUACGCCCCCAUUUCUAAAAAAGAAAAUGCCCCGCCCUAAGGGUCAACAUUCGGCACCACGCGGUGGUCCGCCACGUUCUUGGACUAAUGCCGAGCUUACCGAAGCCUUGCAACACGUUUGGAAUAAGAAAAUGACCACCUCACAAGCUUCACGUAUUUUUGGUAUUCCCUAUAACUCCUUGCUGAUGUACGUACGUGGUAAAUAUGGGAAAAGUUUGAAAUUGGAACAAUUGAGAAAAGAUUGCAUUAGUGGACCACCACUUGAGCUACUACAAAUGGGCAUAAAUGCUGGCGGUUCCUCUAGUUCAAGUAGUAAAAACAAAAAUCAACAACAUGGCGAUAACGAACGUGAACGUGAAUCGCGUAAAGAACGAAGAGAAAAUAACUCUGAUAUGGAUUUGGGUAUGCCAAUGCCAGGUGGUGGUCCACGUAGCUCGAGUUCAGAACCAGAUUUACUCGGUGGACCCAAUUCUAUAUUUAAUCAUUUCCCACAAGGCUUUUAUCCAGAUUUUCCUGGUGGCUUUCCGGGUUUACCAUUGGGUAUGUUGAAUUUGCUACCACCAAACGAUAGACAUCCCUCUGCUAGCGGCUUACAUCAUAUGAGUAUGGAUGAAGAUUGUAAAUCGGAUCGUUCCAAACAAUCCUCUUCCAUGGAUGAAGAAUUUGGUGGUGGUAUGUCAUCGUUACAACCCUUAGCUUUAAAUCGCGAUGAACAGAGACGUAGCACCGGCAGUAAUAGUGGAAAUGAUUUGUUGACAAAUCUAAAUGCAACAGGCUUAAGCGGUGCUGCAGUUGCGGCGCAGCAAAAUGGUGCGACGCAAGAUUGAAAUUUCUGGCGGGAUUGGGCCGCCAAUCCCAUGUUUUUCCCGCCAAAUGACAAUUUUGAUAUGGAAGAGGCUAUGAAUGGUGCUAACAAUGGUACCGGUAUGGGCGUACAUAACACUGGCAAUAGAAAUUCUUUAUCCCAAACAAAUCCAUUUCGUGAAUUUAAUCAAAGUUUAUAUAUGACACGUCGCAAACUCAAGCGAUAUCGACAGCGUCGACGUAAAAGUUUUGAUACUACUCGCAAUAACAAUAAUGGCAACCUGAAUGGCAAUGGAACGGGUAACAUGGAUCCUUUUAUGUCAAUGCAAGGACCGCCAUCGCUCUCCAUGCCACCUGCUGUUAUUCGCACUUAGUUUAAUUAUCUUAUAAUAAAGGAUUAUGUAAAAACUCCUGUAUACAGUUUAAGGUCUUUGCGUGAUAUACAGACUGGAGACGUUGAGCUCUAAUACUGGACACUGUAAAACGAUGUCAAGUUCUAUUGCAAUAUUGUUUUAGUUAAUUUUAUAUUGUAAAAUAUU